GGUCCUUUUUCUUGUAAAUUUUCUUCCCCAACUGGAAAUCGAAACGUAUCCUUAUCAUCCUCUUUUUCCCUCCUUUACUCUCCCCUCUUUCUUUUCUAGAUUUCUUUCCUUUUUUUCUUUAUUUAAGUGAAGAAAUUAAAGUCUCAAUUCUCAAAUUAUAAAAAGAUUUUCUCCAAGACUCAAAUAACAUUUCAAUUUGUAUUACUUAGCAAAUUCUCUUUCAAUUGCCGUCCUUCUUUCUUUCUCUCUCAUUGAUUUUUGACUCUGUACUAAAAUACUCGCAGUUCCCGAAAUUAAUUAAUUAAUCCCUAAAUUUUUCCUAUUUAAAUCGCCUUCAUUCCAAACAUUCCCUUAUAAACUGACAUAAAAUUUCAUAGUCAUACUCAAUACCCAACAAUUUAAGCUGAGAGAUAAAACAGAGGUUAAUUUCAUACUCACUACAGAAAAUUACGAUUUAAUUUCAAAAAAAAAAAAGAAAAUAUGAUAGCAUUCAUUGAACACAGCUUCUUGGAUGAGCAAAACGACGCCGCUCAAUGGCAAGCAGCUCUACAAGAAAUCCAGGGGACAGUUGCUUAUGACUCCAUCUUCACCGGUUUAGCCGGUAAAGAUUUUGGCGGAAUGAACCGGAGUAAACCACUCGCAGUAGUCCGACCGGCAAGUUCAUUGGAUGUAAGAACUGUUAUUAAGGCGGCUCAAACGACGUCGUAUCUUACUGUUGCGGCGAGAGGUAACGGUCAUUCAAUUAACGGCCAAGCUAUGGCCGACAAAGGUUUAGUCAUCGAUAUGCGCGCCAUCGGAGACCAUCCUUCCAUUAACGUCGUCGUUUCAUCAGUGAAUGACGAUAAUUCUCCUCUGUAUUUCGCUGACGUCAGCGGUGGAGCAUUAUGGGAGGAUGUGUUAAACCGCUGCGUUUUGGAUUAUGGAUUAGCGCCAAGAAGUUGGACUGACUACCUUGCUUUAACGGUUGGUGGGACCCUUUCUAACGCCGGUGUUAGUGGGCAAGCCUUCCGUUACGGACCCCAAACGUCUAAUGUAACGGAACUUGAGGUAGUUACGGGUAGGGGUGAAACUGUAAUUUGCUCUGAAUCAGUUAACCCUGACCUCUUUUUUUCUGUUCUUGGUGGUCUCGGGCAGUUUGGGGUAAUUACCCGUGCAAGAAUUUCCCUUCAAAAAGCUCCUAUUAAGGUGAAAUGGAUAAGGCUAGUUUAUGCCGAAUUCGAUGAUUUCACCCGGGAUUCCGAGUUCCUGGUGAGUCAACCCCAGGAGGACUCGUUUGAUUACGUGGAAGGAUUUGUGUUUGUCAAUAGUGAUGACCCGGUAAAUGGUUGGCCUUCUGUUACUUUGGAUUCGGAUCAAUGGUUCAACCCGGAUUUUCUCCCACCGGGUUCGGGCUCUGUUCUAUAUUGCCUUGAAUUAGGCUUCCAUAUCCAUCAAAACCAACAUCUUUCCCAGGUUAAUUCGAAGGUGGAGAGUUUGAUCGAACGGCUGAGUUUUGUGAGGGGUCUACGGUUUCAGGUGGACGUGAGCUACAUGGAAUUCUUACUUCGAGUUAAGAAAGCAGAGCAGCAAGCUACAGCGAGUGGGAUUUGGGAGGCCCCACACCCAUGGCUUAACCUCUUUGUAUCAAAACGUGAUAUUGCUGAUUUUGAUCGGACUGUAUUUAAGAAGCUCCUUAACGGUGGGAUUGGUGGACCCAUGUUAGUAUACCCUCUACUGCGAAGCAGGUGGGACACACGUACAUCAGUAGUAAUUCCAGAAGGAGAUAUAUUUUACUUGGUAGCAUUGCUCCGUUUUACAUCACCUAAUCAAAGAGUGCAAGAUUUAGUGGCUCAAAACAUGAAAAUAGUUAGGCAUUGUAAAAACAAAAGGUAUGAUUUCACAUUGUAUCUUGCUCAUUACCAAACACAAGAAGAGUGGAAGCAACACUUUGGAAAUCAAUGGCAAAGAUUUGUUGAAAGGAAGGCCAUGUUUGAUCCUAUGGCUAUUCUUGCUCCUGGUCAAAAAAUAUUUUCUAGGAAUCAAAAAAUUGGUCAGCUAUUGUAAUAAUAAUUUUUUUUCUUAAAAAAAAAUAAUAAUUACACCCUUUUUCGUUAAUUUUUUUUUUCCUGAUUUGGUAUUGAUAUUGUCAAUUAGUUCUUUAUAAACAUUAUGAAGCAAUGUAAAUGAAUUUUCCCUUCAUAAAAAGUUGUUCGAUUUAUUGUAGAAGUGAACUUUUUCGCCUCAUCUUCUACUAUUAUCAUGUUGUAGUCACUAGUCAAGUAGUCAUACACUGAUGUUAAUGGGAGAAUCUUACAAACGAACCAAACAAAGUAUAA